UAAUUAUAUAAAUAUUUAUAUCCCACAUUUUCCCGCAAUUUAUUGCCUUUGUUGAUGCCGUGUGUUCUUCUAAGAGAUUCGAAAAAAGGGAAAAGGAUAAAUGGCAUCUCUUACUCCGGGAGUACUAAUAAAGCUUCUCAAAAACAUAGACACCAACAUCAAAAUAAUGGGAGAGCAUAGAUCCAUUCUUCUACAAGUGAUCAGUAUAGUACCCGCCAUCACUGGUUCAGAGCUCUGGCCUGAUCACGGAUUCUUCAUAAAAAUCUCAGACUCUUCGCACUCGACUUAUGUCUCUCUAUCAAAAGAUGAUAAUGAGCUGAUCCUUUCAAACAAAUUGCAGCUUGGCCAAUUCAUUUAUGUCGAUAAAGUGGAGGCUGGAACCCCAGUUCCAGUUCUCGUAGGAGUUAGGCCAAUUCCUGGAAGAAAUCCAUGUAUUGGGAAUCCUAAGGAUUUGAUGAAUAUGUUGGUGCCUUCAGAUGAUCUAGAAGCUUUGGAUUAUAGAAAGAAUGCUGAAAAAUUAAAUCAAGGAGAGAGCCCGAAGAAAAAAGUUGUUAUUAAGGAGGAGAAAGUUUCGGUUGCAUCUAGAUAUUUGAAGGGUGUUUCUGAUGCUGGUAUUGAGAAAGUUACUGGAGAUGAUAAUGUUGUCAAGGCAAAUAAGAAAGUAAGCUCUUCGACGGGCAGGCAAGAGCCAAAUUGUGAGGCAAAGCCUAUUUCUCCCUCCAAAACUAAGAAUGAUGCUCCAAAAGGAAUGAAAGAAGUCCGAGUGGGAGGCAUCAAAGAGGCUACUUCCGAAAAGACCUCUCUGAAAACUGCUCAGACCACAAAGAAGCCAGUGCCUUCUGACUUCAACUCCUCUCUGAAAACUACUCAUACUGCAAAGAAGGCAAUGCCCUCUGACCUGCACACUUCUCCUAAGAGCAGUACUAAAAGAGGAGUCGUGGAUACAAUCACUUGGGAUUCCCUUCCUUCAAGUCUGAUAAAAUCCGGAAAGGGGAUUGUUAGAAGGAAAAAUAUUGCUUUUCUCGUAGCAGCUGAGGCUCAGAGAGAAGCAACUGCAGCUGCGUCUGUUGUUAAGGGGCUCAGCAUAUUUGCUGAUCUACGCAAGUCUGCUACCAAAGAAAAACCUCAUGUCUCCCUCACCAAGUUCUUCUCACUUCAGAGGCUCUUAAAACAACCAUACAUCAUAGUUCAAGAAGAUUUCACAAAGAACUCUAAGCAACCAUCUCCUUCAGAAAAAGAGAAACAUAACAGAAAAACUUCACCAUCUAGCAUUGUAAAUGCUCAAAAUCAUCAAAUUCUCUCAGAGGAGCAUUCUGCAAAUGAAAAGCUAGAGUGGGCAAGAGUUGAUGGUAUCAAGGAGAUUAAAGAAGUGAGGGCUACUCUUGAAAAUGAAUCAAACUCAUGGUUCUUGAGAUUUUUAGAAGGAGCACUUGACAAUGGUUUCAAGGCAAAUUUGAGUAUGAAGAAGAGCAACAAAAGACAAGAGAGUGCACAUUCAAAGGAAACAGAUGAGAGAAUCGCGGUAACCUUGUCACAGCUCAAGCAAGCGAGUGAUUGGUUAGAUCAAAUGGAAAAUGAGAUGAUAGGAUCAGUAGAUACUGUUGAUCGGGUAAAGCAGAAGAUAUAUGCUUGCUUAUUAGGCCAUAUGGAAUCGGCUGCUUCUGCACUUGAGUGUCGAAACAAUUGAAAUUACAUAUUCUUCACAAGGAUAUUUUAUUUAUCACUUGCAAGGAGAACCUUGUGUAUGUUCAGAAAUAUUUAAGAGAACAUUGUGAUGACAAGUGAAUGUAAGUAUCUGAAUGAUACCUGUAAGUUAAUCUUUAGUUCAGUUCAACAAGAGGGUAACUGUUUAUUAAAA